CAUUCUGCUGCUUUUACAUUAUGAUGCAAUUGAUUACAGCAGAGGUAAACAGCUUCAAAGUUAUUGCAUGAGUGACUGCCUCAAACUUUUAAUAGCCCGCUUUGUGCCUUGUUUACAAGUCUCACAAAAACAUGCUAGGUAAGAAAGUUCUCUAGGCUUUUGGUAAUUGGCACUGAAACCCUAGUGGCGUUUUCUCUGUGGAGGGAAGCCUGUGGGGAAUUGGUACCAAGGGGACAAACUGGAAACAAGAAAACCUCUCUCAAACUUCAGCCUUCUAUUUAAAGCAUCUUGUUUAAAGUGCACUAAUUGGCCCCUGGGGCAGACUUGAUGCCCAAGCCUGGUCAAGGCCUGGGUGAGAAGCCUUGGAGGGCUGGCUCUGUGCAGCAGGAGGAUGGAGCUAGUUAUAGGAAGAGGGAGGAAUGGAGAUGGGGCAGCAGGUGCCAUAGUUGUCCAGGAAAUACCAGGUAGCAAUCAUCAGGCAAGGGUACUGCUCACUGGUGACAGGAAAGACUUUCCUUGUUGCUUUCUGAGUCCAAGUUGGCCAGGAAGAAACAGUGACCCUGGGGCUGGUGCUAGGACCUCCCUUUCCAUUUUCCGAGACCGCGUAGGUGUUAGAACUGCCCCAAAACUCCGCAAUGCAGGAAUGAUACCAGAGGGUAACAAGUCACUUUAUGUUGCGUGAUCAUGAUGUUUAAGUUUGUGCAUGCUCUUAGCUCAUGACAAACACAAGUAAAUCAGGUCAGCUUUGGCCACUUUUAUAGUUGGAACAUGUAGGUGCAACCCUCAAUGCCUUUUUUUGUUAAAUAUAAAAACAAGUGGUUACAUAAACUAAUAAAAGCUUGAGACAAUGCAAUUUUCUUCAGCCAAAAAAUCUCCUUGUCAAAUGUUAGGGAAAAAAAAAGACAGUAAUCCAUUACUACUCUCACAAGAUGCAGUGUGAGGCUUUUGUCCUAUCUUGGGUAGGCCAAAUAGGAAAUGCCAAAUUUUGCUUAUUCUUGUUUCUUGCCUGGCCCAGGUAAUGGGCAACUCCGGCACCUUUGGGGAAAAAAAAAAAUUCCCAAAGGAAACUCUUUCCCUGAGGAAUCAAUGGGAAAAAAUCUGAAAUACUGUUCUUACAAAACCCGAUGAGAAUUUCAUUCCAUAAAUCAGAUUUGUGCUGAUGGAAAGGAGCCCCUGGUCCAAGCCCUGCUUAGAGCAGGACCCACUAGCACAGGUUGCUCAGGGCAGCGACCAGGUGAAUGUUGAGUAUCUCCAAGGACAGAGAGUCCAUGGCCCCUCUGGACUUUAAUCCAGUGCUUGAAGGAUUUUUCCCUGAUGUCCAGUGAGGAUGUCUGCUGUUACAGCUUGUGCCUGUUCCCUCUUCUCAUCACCAUGCAACUGUGAGAAGAGUCUGCAUCCAUCAUCUCUCCCUACUCCCAUUAGGCAGUUGCAGACCACAGUAAGAUCUCCCUUUCGCUUUCUCCUUUCCAGGCUCAACAAAGCAGUUUCAGCCUUUCCUUGUAUGUCCUGUCCUCCAACCCCAACCACCUCCACAGGACCUACUCCAGUAUGGCAAUGUCUGGCUGAUACAAGGGAGUCGGAAGUUCAGGACACUUGACUGUAUUGCUGUCAUAGUAAAACAGGGUGUUUUACUGUAAUCUCUGUUACAUAAGUCUGAGUGCUACAACUGUGGCAUUUAUAAGGAAAUCAUACAGACCAUUGCCAUGGAGAUUUUUAAAAAGGGAUGUUCAGAGGAAAAAGAGGACACCCAAGCCCGAGCUACAGUUUGUACUAAAUCUGAACUAGUGUUUGGAUGACAUCUGCAUUGGACAGUUCAGUUUAAGUGCCAUCAAAAUUGCAUCGGUGACAGUCAAAAUCACUGAGGGAAAAAACAGAGCACAAGCCCAUUGCAGCCAGCAGGGAGAAACAUUGCUGUAAACAAAUCACUAACCUCCUGAGCCAGAUAUGGCCACAGAAAGCCAGGGCAAAUGAGGUUGCCCAGCUUGUAGAAGUGUGUGCAGAAAAAUACAGGAUGAAAAGUACAUUCAGCUUGCAUAUGUCAAAGCAACAGCAACAUUGGUGAAAACAGUGGUGUAAAACUGUCUGGAUCAUCAGGUUUAGAGAGCAGUGGUUAAAAGGUCAUAGGCUACCUGGAGUCCAGUGAUAAGCAGAGCACCACAGGUAUCUGUCCUGGGACCUGUCCUGUUUGACAUCUUCAUUAGUGAUAUGAAAGAGAUAAUAGAGUGCACUCUUGUCAAAUUUGCAGGUGACACCAAAUUGAGGGGACCAGUCAAUAUGCUCAAGGGCAGGGCUGCCAUCCAGAGGGACCUGGACAGACUGGAAGAAUGAGUUAGAAGGAACACCAUGUAUUUCAACAAGGACAAAUGCCAGUAUUGCACCUGAGAAGGAAGAGCCCCUGUCAACAAGACAGUCUAGGGAUGCCUGGUCAGGCAGCAGCUCUGCAGAAAAGACCCUAGGGACCCUUGGUGGACAGCAAGGCAGACAUGAGUGAGCCAUGUGCCCUAGCAGCAAAGAAGGCCAACAGCAUCCUGAGCUGUGAGAACAGAACCAAAGAGAGUAGAAUGAAGGAAAUGCUUAUGGCCCUCUACUCAGUACUUCUGUGAUCAUAUUCAGGUACUGCAUCCAGUGCUGGGUUCCCCAAAACAAGAAAUACACCAACAAACUCAGAAGACUUCAGCAGAGAGUCACCAAGAUGGUCCAGGCUGGAGCACUUGCACAGGGGAAUGACAGAAACCAGUCGCCUCUCUAGCACCGAUGGCAUCAGUGCUCCCUCUCUGCACCUCUAUCCAUCCUUUCUGGACUUGUCAGUGGUGGGCAAAGAUGUAGCUGCACUGGGAAAUUCUUGUCAGGUAUCCAACACUGAAUGGCAGCUCUCUGGACUCUAAAAUCCUAGGGUCUGUGAAAUCCCAAUAUGGGAAGCUCUCAACCAUUAUGGAGAGAGGACCAAAGCCAUCCUGCCAGUGAAACUUUUGCCUCAUGGGUAGUUGUGCUCUGGUCUCCUGGCUCACAGUUAUCACCUUCUUCUCACGAUGCUCAUUUCUGCCCACAGACCAACCCAGCUGGCCCCAUGGCAGGUGAGAACCAGACUCAAAUGACAGAGUUCAUGCUCCUGGGCUUUUCCCACGGCCAGCCCUUCUUCUUUGUUCUUUUCCUGGCUAUUUACCUGGCCACGCUGCUGGGGAACUCUGCAAUACUCACUCUUGUGUCCCUGGAUCCCCAUCUCCACAGCCCCAUGUACUUCUUCCUCAGUCACCUGUCCUGCUUGGACAUUUGCUACUCAUCAGUGACGGUGCCCAAGAUCCUGGCAAAUGCCCUGCGCCCGCAGGCGACCAUCUCCUACCGCGGAUGCCUGGCACAGAUGUUCUUCCUGAUGGGGUGCGCGGGGGCUGAGUGCGCACUCCUGGCUGUCAUGGCCUACGAUCGAUAUGCAGCCAUAUGCCAGCCCCUGCGCUACACCCAUGCCAUGAACCGGGGUGUCUGUGUGGUGGCAGCUGUCAGCUGCUGGCUCUGGGGGAUGCUGGACUCGGCUGUGCACACUAUCCUGGCCUCCAGGCUCUCUUUCUGCGGGGCUGUCCGGCUCCAGCACAUCUUCUGUGAUGUCCCCCCACUGCUGAGUGCUGCGUGCAGCAACACCCGCCCCAGCCAAGUGGCACUCCACGCUGCCAGUGUCUUUGUAGGCCUCAGCCCCUUCCUGCUUGUUGUCGUCUCCUACCUCCACAUCCUGGCCACCAUAUUCAGGAUGCCUAUGGCUACCGGCCGGCGCAAGGCCUUCUCCACGUGCUCUGCCCAUCUGCUUGUGGUUGCCCUGUACUUUAUGACGGCCAACCUGAACUAUAACCGGCCCAGCUCUGGCUACUCCGCAGCAGCUGACACACUGGUCUCCGCACUGUACUGCAUCAUCACCCCCAUGCUAAACCCCCUCAUCUACAGCCUCCGCAACCAGGAGGUGCUGAGGGCCCUGCGGAAGGCCGUAUGGGGACGGGGCACGCCAGGGUCCCCAGGCAGCAACGCAUGAGCAAU